UUAUGGACCACAUUUUCUAUAUUUGAAAGGAACCCUAAACGUCCUAACUAUUCUUUUACUCAAAAACCGUAUAUUAUUGUAUGGUAUACCAGAAGCACAUAACAUACCCUUCUAGCAUAAGCUACCAUUAUCCCCUUUCACAUUGUUACUAUUAUCAACUUCUACUUGAAGUUUUAUUUGCACUUUCCACAUGGAAUUGGAUUUUGGUAUGGAUUUUGAAGACUACUUUCCCUCCAUGUUUGCACAUUUAGGAGCAGAAGGGUUUAUAGGAGAACUUUGCUACGGGUUUCGUUUGCUCAUGGAUGUUAACAAAGGUCUUAUAACAUUUGAGAGCUUGAAGAUGAAUUGUUUCAUGCUUGGUUUGGAGGUUAGGGAUGAUGAGCUCUUGUGCAUGCUAAAGGAAGGUGAUUUGGAUGGAGAUGGUGCUUUAAAUCAAAUGGAGUUUUGCAUUCUCAUGUUUAGGUUGAGUCCAUGUUUAAAGGAUGGACCUAAAAUUUGCAAUACAAUUACUCAUCAAGGUGUGGAUCCUAAAGUAAUAUGAUUUAAUCUAUAUACAUGGUAAGUUUAAAGUUUUUUUUACACUGCCCUCAAAUCAUUCUAAAGUCACACAUAUAUUGGUUUGAUUUGUAGUCAGUAUAAAAAAAACUAUACUGCCUAUAUAUAAAAAUUAAAUCACUCUCUAUUUCUCUUAUUUAAUAAGAGAUAUUUCUCUUAUUUAAUAAAUUUUUAUCCUUUGUAACAUUAUGUUCCAAAAAGUCACUAGAUGUGAUUUAGUAGUAAGAGGUUUGAGUAGUAUGCUAGAUGUCGUAAGUUCUAUCUUCGACUCUAUUGUAAACAAAAAAACCAUUAUGUUCCAAAAAUAAAUGUCUUUGUAACUUUCCCUUUAUUUGUUUCAAA